AUGAAGCUCAGCUUCGAGGCACGGUUUUGUAGGCGACCUGCCGAAUACUGGACGUAUCCGUUAAACUUCAUCCCACUGUCGUCCGGCACUCGAUUGUCGGCGUUCUGUUCGCGCUGGUUACCGUCCGAACCGGCAGAUGUGAGGAUUUUUCUACAUUCCUGUUGCAUACUGCUUUUGAUCAACAGCAUAUCUACGUUUGUCUGUCUGCUGGCACGACGAACCGUUCAGGAACAGCAAUGGUUGCACUAUACGCUCAUCAUUUGGCAGAUCCACUGCCUGCUGGCGCAGUUAUACCUUUGGCAUGCAAUAUCGAAGUACCAUCAUGUAGCAGAGCUGGUAUAUCUGAUCCCACUUUGCCUUGCCCUGCUUCCGCUGGACGCUUGCUAUUCGAUAGCAUUUCAUGGUGGUUUGAGCGCAGUUUUCAACAGCCUUUACCGGACAGCGUUUGUCGUUCAUCAUGCUGCCGUAUGGUUGAUGCCGCUGCUCGGCUUAACGUGUGCGGUCCACAGGGAGUAUGCUGAUUGUAUUUUUAUUUCCUAACAAAAUCUGCUUUACAACAACAA